GCCUACAAGGCGAUCCGAACCGACUUUGGCUUGCCGCUGCCCGGCCACGCGACGACGCCCGUGACCGACGCCGAGUACACGCACGCAAUCACUGUCGUUCAAAGCCUCGGCAAAGUCGCUGACCAGCGCGCCGCCGUUGACAGCGUUCGCGCGGUCAUGGCACGAAUGACCAAGACGGAGCUGCUGCAGUUCAUGGCUGAGUUUGACACGGAGACAACCACGAAAUUUGUGGGUCUUGGCGCGACCUUUGCCCUCAACAAAACCUCCGUCCGUAUGGAGGCGUCUUCCGAUGAUGCGAUACAAGCCAGCGAUGUGGGCUUUGAAAUGUCGGCCAUCGGCGCAGCGAUAGUCGUCGCAUCCGUUCUCGUCGGUGUUGUGCUCGUCGUCCGAAUGCACCGGCACGAAGGUGACGCUGCCAUCAUUGCGCACGUGCUCCGAGCGAUCCAGGACAAGGAUAAAAACCGCCACCAGCACGACAAGACUGCCAAGACGAUCGUUGUCGUUGUGUAG